AUGGAGAUUCCCCGACAGGCAGAGAUGGUGGAGCUGGUGCCCAAUGGCAAACACUUGGAGGGGCUUCUACCAGUGGGCGUGUCCACAACAAACACACAGAGAGCUGAAGACCCCCAACACUGUGCAGAAGGCAAGGGCUUCCUUCAGAAAAGCUCCAGCAAGGAACCACAUUUCACCGACUUCGAGGGGAAGACGUCGUUUGGGAUGUCCGUGUUCAACCUCAGCAACGCCAUCAUGGGCAGUGGCAUUCUGGGACUUGCCUACGCCAUGGCCAAUACCGGCAUCAUCCUUUUCCUGUUCCUUCUGACAGCUGUUGCCCUGUUGUCUAGCUACUCCAUCCAUCUGCUCCUCAAGUCUUCAGGGAUCGUGGGCAUCCGUGCCUAUGAGCAGCUGGGCUACCGUGCCUUUGGGACUCCAGGGAAGCUGGCAGCAGCCCUGGCCAUCACACUGCAGAACAUUGGAGCCAUGUCCAGUUACCUAUACAUCAUCAAGUCUGAGUUGCCUCUUGUCAUACAGACCUUUCUGAAUCUGGAGAAGCCGACCUCGGUGUGGUACAUGGAUGGCAACUACCUUGUGAUCCUGGUAUCUGUCACCAUCAUCCUGCCCCUAGCACUAAUGCGGCAGCUUGGUUACCUAGGCUACUCCAGUGGCUUCUCUCUCAGCUGCAUGGUGUUCUUCUUGAUUGCAGUCAUCUACAAAAAGUUCCAAGUUCCCUGCCCAUUGGCACACAACUUGGCCAAUGCCACAGGCAACUUGAGCCACAUGGUGGUAUUGGAGAAGGCACAGCUACAGGACGAGCCUGAGGCUGCAGCCUUCUGUAGCCCAAGCUACUUCACACUCAACUCACAGACAGCAUACACCAUCCCCAUCAUGGCUUUCGCCUUCGUCUGCCACCCUGAGGUGCUGCCCAUAUAUACAGAGCUCAAGGACCCUUCCAAGAAGAAGAUGCAACACAUCUCCAAUCUGUCCAUUGCUGUCAUGUAUGUCAUGUACUUCCUGGCCGCCCUCUUCGGCUACCUCACCUUCUAUGACGGGGUGGAGUCGGAGCUGCUGCACACCUACAGCAAGGUGGACCCAUUUGAUGUGCUGAUCUUGUGUGUGCGGGUGGCCGUGCUGAUAGCUGUCACACUUACUGUCCCGAUUGUUCUGUUCCCGGUACGACGUGCCAUCCAGCAGAUGCUGUUUCAGAACCAGGAGUUCAGCUGGUUGCGGCACGUGAUCAUCGCCACCGGCCUGCUUACUUGCAUCAACCUGCUGGUUAUCUUUGCCCCCAACAUCUUGGGCAUCUUUGGAAUCAUUGGCGCCACAUCCGCUCCGUGCCUCAUCUUCAUCUUCCCCGCCAUCUUCUACUUCCGGAUCAUGCCCACUGAGAAGGAACCUGCUAGAUCCAUCCCUAAAAUCCUGGCCCUUUGCUUUGCUGCGGUUGGCUUCUUGCUGAUGACCAUGAGCUUGAGUUUCAUCAUCAUCGACUGGGUCUCGGGGACCAGCCAGCAUGGAGGACACCAUUAGGAUGGCUCCCAUCUUGCUCUGUCUGUUCAUCCCAGCACCCCGCCCUUACUCUGCAGCCCCUGCUCCCGGUCAGGGGCUCAGUAAGGGGAGAAAGACACUGUAAAUACUACGGCAUUUGGCUCCACCCAUAUCCUCUGGAAGGUUUUUGUUGAAGAGCCAGGACCGAGGCCCUUGGACCACCCCCCUGCUGGGCCCCAGAGCUGCAGGGGCUUCCUGAGCUAGGAACAGGGUGGGGCUGUUGCCUCAGAUCCCACCGAAACCCUCCAUCCUGCUCCCACAGCUGUGUACACCGAGCCCAGCAGCCAUCUCCUGAGGUCACACAGACUGUAGGGGCACACAGAGUCAGGACCCAGGCCUGAAGACAUCCCCGGGCCUGCCAGGAAGCCAUAGUUUACACCCUGAGGGUUCAUCCCCAGCCUGCUGACCUCCCAGCCCCUUCUCCCACACUUGGGCCCAAAAUCUAGGAAACUCUUGUCCUCUUCUUGCGACUCCUUCAUAGGAGGAGACCAUAUCGGGGGCUGGUAUGCACCCCAAGGGAUCCCUGCUGUGGACCUUCACCAGUCCUGGGGAGGCUGGGACUCCCACACCUCAAACCUGGGCCAUGACUUGCAUUCCACUACCGGGAGAAGGGAGGCUGGGCCCAGAAUAUCCUGCCCUUAGGAGUCAAAGACCCCAGGAGCCAG